AUGGGAAUGGAGGGCUUACAUCUCCUGGCAGAUGUUGCCGUUGGUGAUUAUCAAUUACACAUGAUCACGCAUAAAAAUCAAGAUUUAGGUGAUUGCAAUGAUGAUGAUUCUAAUAAGAAGAAGAAGAAGAAGAAGCAGAAGCAGGAGACCAAAUUUCCAGAUGUACUGGUUUCUGAACUUUCACCAAAGGAAAGAAACUGUUUUCCACUUGAUCAAGAAGCCUACAAAUUUUGCGAUUUGAAUCUCUUGGCUGAUCACAAUUUGCUUUUGCCUACAAUACCUCUACUUUGUGGGCAUUAUGUGCCAUCACCAUACCCACCAAAAGGAGAUCAACUUAUAGCAGGAGACCGAACAAGACGUUCAAGCAGGUUCCGACAACACCCACUGCAGGAACUAAGCGAGGUUUUAUUGAAAAAGAAGCAGAAGAAUGCCAAAACCGAAAUUCCAACAAGAAAAGAAGGGUGA